AUGCCGCCGACCACACCCCCACUACACCCUUCCCAAAUCCCCACCUUGAUACUCAUAACCCUCUUACCUACGACCGUCCUCUCCACAUCCCCCAUCCAAGACUCGAUCCUCGAACUCUGUCUAAGUUGUCUCUACGAAGUCGAUCCUCCCAAAGGAGUGAACGAAUGGGUGCGGAGGAUCGAUGAAGAUGACGAUGAUGGUAUUGAAGGGGAUCAGUGUAAGGUAUUGAGAACGGAAUUGAAAACGGUGAUUUUGGAAUCGGUGAGUUUUGAGCUUUUGGGGAGGAUGGGUAGUGGUAGUUGGUUUGACGCGUCGCGGCGCGCGCGAAUGGCAAAGGGGCGGAGCGAUGAAAGAAUGACUCACAUGAUCGUUGCUUUUGGGUUUGAAAGACUUUGGCUUUGGCGAGGAAUGGAUUGGAUAUGUUUCAUUCUUGGUUACAAGGUAGAGAGAGAGCUUUUGCCUAAUCGAAUCGCUCUAGCAAGAAACGUUGCUGAUUCGGCCCCCUCUUCGAGUCCCCUGGCUUCCUUUACAGAACUGAAACGGCUGUAUCCGUCGACGGAGGAAGAUGAGGUAUGUAACACCCACACGCCAAAUUAGCGUACGGGGCAUCUGACAGUUCUGUUCCCCUCCACAGGCCUCUCUAACCAACACCGUGCUCCAUCGUCUAUCCCCUUUGGCACUCUUCAUCCGUCGAUUCCGACUCACGUUCUCACAAUUGUCGUUCGACCAAGCCGUGAAAUGGUGGGAAGGCGUAAACAGAUGGUGUGGGAUCUCCUUACCUACGACAAUGAGAGGGAAGAACGGUGUAAGAGGCAGGGAGAGUACGACGAGGGAACUUGUCGCUCAGAGGUGAGCAAAACUUUGGCUUUGGUUUCGGGAGGCCGCGGUCGGUCGCUCGAGAGGAACUUGACCUGAUUUUCUCGGUCGCACGUUGCAGUUAUCGAGAUGCAAGAGCUUGCGCGGAUUAUCAAGGGAUGAAGGACGCACUUGCGUAUUACGAUUUGGAUGAUGGAACCGGUGGGCUCAUGUGAGUUUCGGUCAAAGUGGCUGCGCGCUUGACGCUGAGGCACUGACGAGAUCAUCCUUGCACAACGAUUGUGUUGCGAGAUAAUAGGAAAGGACGACCCCAAACCGCUUUACUCAACUUGGCGUUCCUCGAAUACACGCAUCAAGGGUAUAUCGCUGCGCGUGAGGUAAGAGAUUUUCAGCCCAUCGUGCCGGCUCACGAGGCUGAACUGACCUCUAUGAGUUCCAAAUCGACAGGCAUUGAACGAAGCGAUCCAAGUUGCUCGGAAUGUCGGCGAUUCACAAUGUCUUGCUACAGCAGCCAGGUGAGUCAAACCGUCUACCCCGACGCCGUCUUCAGGAAUAGAAACUCAUGCGACUCCUCCUCACUUGAUCAGUCUCAAAGCCCGCCUCGACUUCACCUCCCCCUCCACACGCCACCUCUCAACAACUCCAACAACCUCCCAACCGACCCCCACCGAUCUCCUACACACCCUCAUGGACCUCUGCCUAAACUCCACCACCCCUCUCCCCUCCCUGUUCACACUCCUCUACGCCUCCCGAACGGCAUACCAAAUUCCCCCACCACCACAACUUUCCCUCAGCGGUACGAAACCACCCCAAACGGGGGGACCACAACCAAGUCCAAAGACUUCACCGUUGAGUGAAUUGUUGGGGACGUGCGAGGAGGUGCAAGCUGGGGAAGAGGGGGAUUUGUGGGAGGCUCAGAUCGGGGUCGUGGGAGCGGAAUUGUGGAGACAGAUUGGUGAGUUGGAAGGAAAUUAAUCUUCUAUUUUUGUGAAGGAACGAAUUGCUGAUUCAAAGGAUUGGUCUUGGUUCAGGUUCGACGAAUUUGAGUCGAGUGGGGGAAGAAUUGGCUUUUGAAGCAUUGGAGCGACAUGCUAUUUCUUCAAGGAUCGACCCGACGACGGAAUGGGAUCUCAGGAUCGCUAUACUGUGUCGCCAAUCUCAAAGGGUAGGUCCCUGGGUUAACCCCUUCAUCGUCAUUCGAUCUGUAUGCUCGAUUGACCUGCUUUAAUUAUGUAGUUGGCCCGAUCCAAUCGAACGGCCGAAGCGCUAACGGUCCUGCUCGCCGCGGUCGAUACGCGCUCCAAACGAUCUUCAAUGGGUUUGGUCGAACUAGUCGAAUGGGAGAACCUGAUCUGGGAACUGAUCCAUCUCGAAGCCGAACGACUCGAAGAUCAUUCCACGCUCGAGCUAGUAACCCAGAUCCAACCUCGUUCCUUCAAGUCCCCUCUCCGAACCAAGCCCGAAGAAGAAAACUACACCGAGUCGACUCCUACCACCACUAAAGAACUUCCCCUUCCCCUCCUCCACGAAGCUCUUAUCACUUCCUCGAACCUCCUCGAUAGUUCAUCCCCUUAUUUAGCGCUCAACCCAACGCUCAACGCACUUUAUUCAUCACGAAAACAAAGUCGUUACAAGAUCAGUUUGGUCGCUUUGUUGAGGUUGGUCGAAUUGAGGAUUAGGAUUUCACCGAGUAGGGAAGAGGCGGAGAGAGGGUUGAGGGAUAUGGAAGAGGAGUGGGAGGGUUUUCUGAGAUGUGGGGUUCAUGAGCUGGAUGGGGAUGGGGAUGGGGAUGGGGAUGUUUUGGGAUUGGGGUGGGAGACGAGGGGGAGGUUGGAGGUUUUGAAGGGUUUGAGAAAGGGGAGGGAACAGGGGAAAGGGGAUGGUGGGAAGUUGGAGAGAGAUCAAAGUGAGUUUAUUGGCUCGAGGAGGAGCGGCACGUCAUUAUGGCUGACGGGAGAUUCCUUUGUUUCGCAUGGUUCAGUUGAGGAGGAGUCGCUAUUCAGAGCGAUCAGAGCUUUGGAACAGGCGUUGCAAAGUAAGUUCUCGUCCCGUUGACGAGUAAUGCCGUUCCCGAGGUGAUUGACCCCCUUCCCACCUUCUCACCAGUCUACGAAAACCUCGAUCAACCCUCUUGCAUCAAAAGGGUCCUCGUCCUGCUCGUCCACGUCUACGAUAACCUUUCGCAACACGUCGAUCCGAAAUACAAUCAGCAGAAAGAGGAAUAUGCCACGAGGGUGAUCGAGAUGGAUCGUCAGCGGAGGGAGGGAAGGUUAGGGACGAGGUCUUUGGAGGGUUUGGUUGAUGUGUUGGAGUUGGUUAGAGGGGCGGUGGUGGGGAAGGUGAUCUCGAAAGGAGGAUGA